GCGGUUUGGGAGACGGGCGGGGAUGCUUUGAGGAGGGCGGCCGCGGCGGUGGCCGGGCUUUCACUGGCAGCGGCUCGGCUCUCCGGGGAGCCUCUAUGUGGCUGGAGGCGGCGAACAUGGCGCCGACCAGCCCCCCCCGGAAAAUGGGAACUGGGUUCCCUAGCCAGAGGGAGGACAGCCCCGAGCCCGCGGGGGACUCUGAAGCGCCCGCCGCGGCGCCCCCGGCUCCUGACAGGCUUCUGUUUGCUGAAACAGACUUUGUUUCCUUAUGUGAUGCUUUACACAUAACAGACAGUCUGAGAAUAACUGCUUGGAAGACCUAUGAAAAAAUGGAUGUAGUUGAGAGCCAUUUAAAAAAAGAAAUGUGGGGGAUCUGCAUUUUUAUGGCUGCAGUUGACCUGGAUGAGAUGACAUUCACAUUUACAGAACUUCUGAAAUGUUUACAAAUUAGUGUAUGCAAAUUUGUGCACUUGAUUAAAGAAAUUGAUGUCAACAUGGAUACAAUUAGUACUAAAAUGGACUGUACUAUAUCGCGUCUGAAAAAAAAAUAUGAUACACUCUUUGCACUCUACCAGAAGUUUACAAGGACUUGUGAACUUAUCUGCCUUGACCAGCCCAAUGAUCAAACUUGUGCUGAAAGUUCUUGCUUAUUUGUAAAACUCUGCUGGAUCAUGUUUCUUUUGGCAAAAGGAAAAAUACUGCAGAUGGAAGAUGAUUUGGUUAUCUCUUUCCAGUUAUUACUGUGUGUUUUUGAUUACUGUAUCAGACUAUUGCCCCCUGCACUACUUAAGGAACCAUAUAAAUCUGUAACUGCAGUAUCUGGAAAUGGCUCAUCUCGAACAAGUAGACAAGGUCAGAAUAGAAGUACGAGAACAUCAAAAACUGAUACAGACAUCAAGGUUAUUGAAGAGCUCUGUAAAGAAUAUGAGUGUAAUUUGGAUGAGGUAAAAAAUGUUUACUUCACUAGCUUUAUUCCAUUCCUGAAUUCAAUGGGCAUUACAGCUUUCAGAGGACUUCCAGAGGUUGAAGAUAUGUCGAGCAAAUAUGAAGAAAUGUAUUUGAAAAACAAGGAUAUUGAUGCUAGAUUAUUUCUGGAGAAAGAUGAGACUUUGCAAUAUGAAAAUGCAGAAUGUUUACAGUUAGAGAGAACACCUACAAAAAACCCAGGUGAAGAUUCUCCUAUUGUACUUCCACAAACCCCUGUUCGAGCUGCAAUGAAUACUAUUCAGCAGUUAAUGAUAAUAUUAAACUCUGCAAGCGAUACACCAUCGGACAACCUUCUCUUCUAUUUUAAUAUUUUCCCCCAAAUAUUACAGAACUGCACAAUUAAUCCUCAUGAAGACAUAGUGAAAAGAAUAGAAAGUCUGGGCUUUAUUUUCAAGAAGAAAUUUGCUGAAGCAGUUGGACAAGGCUGUGCUGAAAUUGGAUCUCAGAGGUACAAACUUGGAGUAAGGCUAUACUACAGAGUGAUGGAAUCCUUAUUAAAGUCGGAAGAAAAACGUCUGUCGGUUCUUAAUUUUAGCAAACUUUUGAAUAAUGACAUCUUCCACAUAUCUCUGCUGGCUUGUGCUCUUGAGCUAGUCAUGGCUACAUAUGGCACAUUAAGAAAUGCUUCACAGAGUGUGAAUGUGGAGACAGACUUGUCUUUCCCAUGGAUCAUCAACGUCCUGGACUUGAAAGCCUUUGAAUUAUACAUGAUUAUUGAAAGCUUCAUUAAAGCAGAACCAAGCUUGACUAGAGAGAUGAUAAAACACCUAGAAGGCUGUGAACACAAAAUUAUGGAAUCCCUUGCAUGGCAAUCAAAUUCACCAUUAUUUGAACUUAUAAAGCAGUCAAAAGAGCGAGAGGGGCAGACUGAUGAGCCCGAACCUGCCAACUAUUUUACUCAGCCUCUUCAGCAUAAUCACAGUGCUGCAGAUUUGUAUCUCUCUCCCACAAAGUCUCCUAAGAAAAAAGUUUCUUCUGCUUUUGUGUAUUCUUCUCCAGAGUCACAGGCUGCAGGGUUAAAUCAGCCUCAAAAACCAUACAAAUCUAUUUCUUUGUCAUAUUUCUAUAAAAAAGUGUAUUCCUUGGCUUAUCGGCGAUUAAAUAACUUAUGUUUGCGUCUUCUGUCUGACCAUCCUGGACUUGAACAUUUGAUAUGGACCCUUUUUCAUCAUACACUGCAAAAUGAAUAUGAACUGAUGAAAGACAGACACUUAGACCAGAUUAUGAUGUGUUCCAUGUAUGGCAUAUGUAAGGUGAAGAACAUUGAUCUCAGGUUUAAAACUAUUGUGACAGCAUAUAAGGAACUCAACAAUGCAAAUCAAGAGACUUUCAAGUGUGUCUUGAUCAGGGAAGGACAAUAUGAUUCCAUUAUAGUCUUCUACAACUUGGUAUUUAUGCAAAGAUUGAAAACUAAUAUUUUGCAAUAUGCUUCCAACAGGCCUCCAACAUUAUCACCCAUUCCUCCAAUUCUACAGAGCCCUUAUAAGUUUUCUAAUUCUCCUUUACGUGUUUCUGCUGGAAAUAACAUCUAUAUCUCACCUUUGAAGAAUCCCAGCAAAUUUUCUGAAGGGCUGUUGUCACCCACAAAAAUGACACCCAGAACAAGAAUAUUGGUUUCAAUUGGUGAAUCCUUUGGGAGUUCUGAAAAAUUUCAAAAGAUAAACAAGAUGGUAUGUAACAGUGAUCGUCAUCUCAAACGGAGCGCUGAACUAAGCACCACUCCUAAGCCUUUGAAGCGGUUGCGCUUUGAUAUUGAAGGACAGGAUGAAGCAGACGGAAGGGAGCAUCUUUCCGGAGAGUCGAAAUUUCAACAGAAGCUUGCAGAAAUGACAUCUACUCGGACCAGAAUACAAAACCAAAAACUAAAUGAUGGUGCUGAAGCUUCAGGCACUGUACAGAAAUCUGUCUCAUGAUCAAAGAAAUGCAAUUCUGGAGCUGUCUUUUUUUAGUCCAUUGGUUUUGUAAUAAUCAGUACUGGGAUUGCGAACUCAAAAUAGACUAUGAAAAUAAAGUCCUGAACUUUUAUAAGCAGCAAGCAUACUUAAGAGUUGGCUAACCUUAAACUAUAAUAACUAUGUAUUUUGACAAAUUGAGCAUAGAAAUAUUCUGUAUUCUAAUAAACAUUAAAGAUUAAUAAAAGACUUUUAAAAAUAA